AUGAUACCCCGGUUGACAUUACAGAGGCAGCUGUGCAGCUCAUCUUCCCGUCUUUGUGCGCGCCGUUUCUUUUCAACCACCCUAGCGGCACAAACUGCGCGCCCGCCGACACCGGAGACCACACCAGCACGCCCGCACGGAAUCGACCCGCGAUGGCUCACUAUGAUGAAGCGCCGACUUGGAAGGUGUAUGAUGUUUGGUCUCAAGCCGAACCAGAUCGAUGAGGCGGGGGAAAUCUUACACCAAUUGGCUAGGGACUGGCGAGAAUUGAUUGCUGGCAGCGAGGGCUUCCUGACCGAUGAGAAGAGGCGGAGCUUGUAUCGCCAUAAAGUAGUUUGGGGGGAGAUGAAUGUGUUCUAUCGAUUAGGAUGUCAUGGGCAUGUCAACAACGUCACGUAUGUCAGAUACGCCGAGUCUGCUCGUGUGAACUGGACACGAAACAUUGGAAAUCAUAUCGAUCCAGCAAAUAAGAAGAAAUGGCUCAAUCUUGUUAACUCAACUGGGAUUGGGCUCAUUUUGCGAAGUAUCAAAGUCGACUACAAGUUCCCUAUGAAAUUCCCGGACAAGAUCACUGUUUACCAAAAACUAGUGCACGAUCCAUCAUCGACACCCGCUGGGAAAUCUGCAUUCCAGCUCCAGGUAAUGAUCCUGUCGGAAGCUCGCCAACGUCCUGCGGCUCGCUGCCACGAGGAGAAUGUGCUGUACGACUAUAGAAAGAACCAGAAGACCUCCGAGAUGCCGGCUUUCAUCUUUGAUCAGUUCAAGGAAAUCUGGGAACUGCAGGAGAAAGCCAAGCAAAAUUGGCAAAAGCGUAUUUUGGAAAUCGAAAACCGGGUCCGGGCCCUGGAGACCGACAGCUGGGAUCGUGUGAACGCAGUUGAAGAUACUGGUUCCGCGAAGCGGUAG